AUGAAUUGCUCAAAGAUAGAUUAUGGAACAGUCAAAUUACCAAGUUCUCUCAUCGAACUAGCCCUCGUCAAAUAUCAAGACGCAAUGCCAGUUGGAUUUAUUCCAAAUAGUGUAAAGAAACUAACAAUCAAAUCGUCACACGAUCCAAGAACAAUUGAAAUAUUACCAUUGUCAAUACCAUCGUCAGUAGAGAUUCUUAGUCUACCAUUGUAUAACGGACCGACAACAUCUGAGUAUCUACCAGACUCUAUUAAAGAGUUGGUUUGGAAUAGAGAGACCGACACUCAAACACUCCCAUCGAAAUUGGAGACAUUAUUGGAUCAAGUAAUCAAUCAAACAAAUAUUGAAAAACUAUCAAUUAGUCGAUAUGGAAAGAGAUGGUUAAAAGCAACAAUUAAAAGAUUAGAUAAAGAUAAUUCAAGAGUAUUAAUAGUUGACAACAAAUCUUUGAUUGGUGGUAUCAUCAGUCAAUCAAGAGAUCCAUCAAACAAUAAUAGUAAUGAAUAUACCCCUAUUUAUCUUCAUAUCAGAAAAGAAAAUAAUUAUUUACCAUAUUGGAGUCAUUAA